GGGUGGAGGGCGGAGGAGCUAGGUAGCACGCUUGCGCGGCUGUCAUAGGGCUGCUUGGUUGGUCAGUGGGGAGUCGGCGCCUGCGUACUAAGACCCGUGUGCAGCAGCGGCGGCGGCGGUAGAGGCGGCGGCGGCGGCGGCAGCGGGCUCUGAGGCAGCGGUUGGGCUCGCGGCGAGCGGACGGAGUCGAGUCAGUGCGUUCGCGCGAGUUGGAAUCCAAGCCUCUUAAAAUGGCAGAUGAUUUGGACUUCGAGACAGGAGAUGCAGGGGCCUCAGCUACCUUCCCAAUGCAGUGCUCAGCAUUACGUAAGAAUGGCUUUGUGGUGCUCAAAGGCCGGCCAUGUAAGAUCGUCGAGAUGUCUACUUCGAAGACUGGCAAGCAUGGCCAUGCCAAGGUCCACCUGGUUGGUAUUGACAUCUUUACUGGGAAGAAAUAUGAAGAUAUCUGUCCAUCAACUCAUAAUAUGGAUGUCCCAAACAUCAAAAGGAAUGAUUUCCAGCUGAUUGGCAUCCAGGAUGGGUACCUAUCACUGCUUCAGGACAGUGGGGAGGUGCGAGAGGACCUUCGUCUGCCUGAGGGAGACCUCGGCAAGGAGAUUGAGCAGAAGUAUGAUUGUGGAGAAGAGAUCCUGAUCACGGUGCUGUCUGCCAUGACAGAGGAGGCAGCUGUUGCAAUCAAGGCCAUGGCAAAAUAACUGACUCCCAGGUGGUGGUGGCAGUGGUGGCGGCGGCAGCGGCGGCAGCAGUGAUCCUCAAGCCUGCAGAGGCCCCUCCCCCAGCUUGGCCCCACUCUAGCUGGGCCUUUGGCUGGACUCCUCCUACGCAAUUUAUUUGACGUUUUAUUUUGGUUUCCCCUAGCCCCUCAAUCUGUCGGGGAGCCCCUGCCCUUCACCUAGCUCCCUUGGCCAGGAGUGAGGGAGCCAUGGCCUUGGUGAAGCUGCCCUCCUCUUCUCCUCUCACACUACAACCCUAGUGGGGGAGAGGGGUUGGGUGCUGCUUGUGGUUUAGUUUUUUUUUUUUUUUUUUUUUUUUUUUUUUUUUUUUUUUUUAAAUUCAAUUUGGAAUCAGAACGCUGUGGAUUCUGGUAAAUGGUCCUUGUGCCCUUCCCCCUACUCGUCAAUGGUCUGGUCCCCAUUCCCCAUAGCUCUUUACCCCAAUACCACCCCCACAGACUGGGGACCAGUUCUCUCCCCUGCCUGUGUCUCUCCCUAAACCCCUUUAGCUGGGGAGGGAAGAGAAGAGGGGAAGGGAUGUGCCCCCUCCUCAGGCAUCCGGGAGGGCCCUGCCCCCAUGGGCUUCACCCUUCCCUGCGGGCUCUUCUCCCCGACACAUUUGUUAAAAUCAAACCUGAAUAAAACUACAAGUUUAAUAUGAA